AUUUCCUUUGAUGAUUUUAAAAUUUAUUUAAAUAAUGCUGAAUCCCAAAUUUCCUCUGCAUUCACCAAAAUGGAUACUGAUAACGAUGGAAAACUAAACAAAUUCGAUAUCCAAUCUUAUUUACACAAGACUUUAAAUAUCAAUGCCAAUGAUAAAAUUAUUAACCAAUUUUACCAAAAGUUAGACAAAGAUAACCAUGGUUAUAUCACUUAUAAUCAAUGGAGAGAUUUUCUUUUGUUUAUGCCCAGAAAUUACGGCUCAAGAUUGAAAACUGCUUUUCAUUAUUUCAAUGAAGACAUAGAUUUAUCAUCUGAAGGUGAUAUGACCCUCAUCAAUGACUUUAUAAGAGGGUUUGGCUACUUUUUAGCUGGUGGUAUGGCUGGCGUCGUUUCCAGAACCUGCACUGCUCCAUUUGAUAGAUUGAAAGUUUUCUUAAUCGCCAGAACAGAUUUGUCCUCAACAAUAAUACACUCCAAAGAAGAAAUAGCUAAAACAGGCAAAAACCAUCCUCCAAUCGAUAAAAUCAAAUCUCCUCUUGUUAAAGCUGCAACUUCCAUCUAUAGACAAGGCGGUUUGAGAGGUUUUUAUGUUGGAAAUGGCCUAAACGUCUUAAAAGUCUUUCCUGAAGCUGCAAUGAAAUUCGGUUCAUUUGAAGCUACAAAACGUUUUUUAGCAAAAAUCGAAGGUGUAAAAGACACCUCUCACUUAUCAAGAGUCUCAACCUAUUUGGCUGGUGGAAUUGGUGGUGUAGUAUCCCAAUUCGCUGUUUACCCAAUUGAUACUCUCAAAUACAGAGUUCAAUGUGCUAAAUUGGACACUGAACUCAAGGGCUUCCAACUAUUAACUGCAACUGCUAAAGAAAUGUACUCCCAAGGAGGUUUGAAAUUGUUUUAUAGAGGUGUUAUUGUUGGAGUCGCCGGUAUUUUCCCUUAUGCUGCUAUUGAUUUAGGCACUUUUUCUUCACUUAAGAAAUAUAUGAUACUGAGAGAAGCAAUAAAACUAAACAUUCCAGAAGAAGAUGUAAAAUUAAGUAAUCUUAUCGUAUUACCUAUGGGGGCCUUUUCUGGUACUGUAGGUGCAACUUUUGUUUAUCCUGUAAAUUUAUUAAGAACAAGAUUACAAGCCCAAGGAACUUUUGCUCAUCCUUAUAAAUAUACUGGUAUAGGUGAUGUUUUUGUUCAAACAAUAAAGAGAGAAGGUUAUGCUGGUCUAUUCAAAGGUUUAGUGCCCAACUUAGCUAAAGUCUGUCCAGCUGUAAGUAUAAGUUAUUUAGUAUAUGAAAAUAUGAAAGGAAUAAUGGAUUUAACAUAAAAAUAUCAAAUCUUUACCCAUUUUCUUUCUUUCUUUCUUUCUUUCUUUCUUUCUUUCUUUCUUUCUUUCUUUCUUUUUCUUUGCUAUACCCAAUCAAUCUUUAUAGUCUUUAAUAUCAUCAUUUCAUAGAAUGAGUUGUUUUUUUUUGUUUUUUUUAUCAAUUCCUAUUUUAUUUUCCUUACCAAUAUUCAAUUUCCAUACUAUAAUUAUAUGCAUUUUAUUUUUUCAAUUUGCUUUUGACAUUUCCUCAUUGUUUAUUAAAAAUUCUAUCCUAAAUACUUUCAAUCAUAAAUACUUUCAAUCAUAAUUUUUAUUAAAUAUUUUAUAAGUACACCUUAAAU